CGGCAUUCCUCUUGUUUCCUAUCGAACAUUCUACCUACAUCGCCUGUUGUCCAAUAACCUAGGUACCUACAUACCUACCUUGGGGUACGAACUUCCCUCAAUCGACCCCGCACUCUCGUUCCUCAAGCUUCAGCAAGAUGAACUUCUCCAAUAUGCUCAACCGCCUUCACGGCCAGCCCGAGAGCUACGACAAGAAGUCACGAUAUCGCUUUGGAAGGACGCUCGGCGCAGGGACCUAUGGCAUCGUCAGAGAAGCCGAAGGCCCAAACGGACGGGUCGCUAUCAAGAUUAUUCUGAAGAAGAAUGUGAAGGGCAACGAGAUGAUGGUCAUGGAUGAGUUGGACAUGCUCCAACGCUUGAAACAUCCCCACAUUGUCAAGUUUGUGGAUUGGUUCGAGUCUCGGGACAAAUAUUACAUCGUCACCGAGCUUGCCACGGGCGGCGAGCUAUUCGACAGGAUUUGUGAGCAGGGCAGGUUCACGGAGAAGGAUGCGUCCCAGACCAUAAAACAGGUACUUGGUGCUGUUGACUAUCUCCACCGAAACAAUGUCGUCCACAGAGAUCUCAAACCCGAGAACCUUCUCUACUUGACCAAGGCCCAUGACUCGGACCUGGUGCUUGCCGACUUCGGUAUUGCCAAAAUGCUCGACAACAAGGACGAGGUUCUGACAACUAUGGCGGGAUCCUUUGGAUAUGCCGCACCCGAAGUCAUGCUCAAGAAGGGUCAUGGCAAACCUGUCGACAUGUGGUCAAUGGGUGUUAUCACCUACACCCUGCUCUGUGGCUAUUCGCCCUUCCGCGCCGAGAACCUCCAGGAUCUCAUUGACGAGUGCAGUAAUGCCCAGGUCAUAUUCCACGAGCGGUACUGGAAGGAUGUUAGCAACGACGCGAAGGACUUCAUCAUGGGUCUUCUGCAGCCAAAGCCCGAAAAUCGCUGGUCGAGCCAGCAAGCCCUUGCCCACUCCUGGCUAAGCGGCGAGAACGCAACCGACCACAACUUGCUGCCAGAGAUCAAGGCUUACAUCACACGGGCUCGCCUCCGCCGCGGCGUCGAGCUCGUCAAGCUGGCAAACCGGAUCGAAGCUCUUAAGAUGGAAGAUGACGACCCAGAGCACUCGGACCUACCUGACGACUCGACGUUAGCUGCCGACCAGUCACGCAGAUCCCAUUCAGAGGCUGACAGUACCGACAGUGUAAGUGAUAGCAGCGCAGCACCACCUGGUGGCAAGCGCAAGCUAUCAAAGGCCAUCAAAGGCGCCAUCUUCCGAGAGGUGGUGCUGGCCAAAGUCCGCGAGAUGAAGGAGCAAGAACAGACACUCAAGGUCGCGGAGGAGGCGGAGAAGCUUCAGGAGGAGGCCAAGAGGAAGAGUCUUUCUGGCCCGUGAGGAGAUUAUGAUCGGGCGUGUCUUGGUGUCGUUUUAUCGUUGUUAUCAUCAUAUCCCUCCGAACCCCCUCCGGCCGUUCCGGAAAGAAUUGGUGGUGGAGGGGCUGAGCGCUUGAAAAUGGUAUUUUGCUUGGAGAGCGAGGGGAAAUGUAGCCCGGUGGUCCCUCCUUCAUAUUCCCUCCUUCAUAGUUGGGAUGAGAAUUUUUGUCAAUGCUUUGUUUCUUCCAGAUACCUACCUAGUUGCGUGAUGCCAAUUGACUCUUUGCCCAACAUGGCCGGCUGGCUGGUUGGCUCAGAGUAGGCAUCAACGGACAGACAUUCAUAAUUCAGAAUUCAGACCGUACGUACGUGGGCCGCAUCCUGGUCGCGAUCCAAUCCCCCCAACCCCUUUUCAGAGAAUCUUAUUUUGGCGUAAUUCCCGACAGCAUUGCAAGUUUGGUUUGACCGAAAUCAGAUUCGGGGUUUGUUUCGAAACACAGGCUCCCGCAAACGUGAU